CCGGCCGGACCGGAAUCACCCGCAAGCAUAUUCCUCUGUUUCCUCCUUUUAGCUUCCGUUUACGCUUUCACUUUUCGUCUUUUCUUUUCUUAUCUUCUUACUCACAAUCUCAUAAACCAGAAGAGACGUACACUAUCGCAAAGGAAAGUAGCAAUCGAUCUGUGGAGCAAUCGACUGAUCGAUCGAUCAAUCAUGGCGGUCCCUGAUGUUUUGCAGAGAGAUGAUCUUCUUAUAUCAUCUCCUCAUUUUGAUUUCAGAGACGGUGCAAAAUCUCGUGGCCAAUCCAUUGAGAAGAAGAUCGAGUUCCUUGAGAGCUUGACGGGAAAAGUAACUUGUUUUCUUAAUUUCCUCACUAUGAGCAUUUUUUCAUCUGGUAAGCAAUCGACGUUCUCGAAGAUGGUUAAAUGAUUGUCUAUUGAUGGAACUUGUUCCUCGUUUAGAUGCAGAGGAAAUCAGAGGCUUGUUUGCUCCACCACCUUGGGGUGAUGAUGUGCCGCAAUCACCAUUUUGCAUGACUAAUGUUGGAGAAUGGGACAAAUUUAGAAAUAUAGACAUGGAUAAAGAGGCUAAUAUAAUUCGUACCUUGGACCGCGCAUCUCCAAGAAGAAAAAGCCAUAUUGAUGCUGAUAAACUUGCUGUCGUGAAUGCAUGGCAUAGGAUUAACUGCCGAACAAGAGAAGCUCUUCGCCGCAGCUUUCUUUCAGAACUAAUUGAUGGCUAUGAGGAUUGCAUCCGUACCUUUGUUAUGGAGACACUGAAUGAUGAUGUCCUGGUACUACAGAUUAAAGAUCCUUUCCACAGAUUGCUGCUUCAUGGUGUCUGUGAGUUUUAUGAUUUGGUUUCGGUAACAUUUGAUGAGUCAAAGAAUGGAGAGUUGGUGAAGAUGACGAGGAUAAAGAAGAAGAGAAAGGGCUCCCUUGAGCUCCCAAAGAUCACCCUCGUCCAUUUCCUGAAAAUGUCAAAAGAAGGGAGUUGGUAAUUUAAUUGGGGUCACUUCCCAAUUUCAGUUAAAUAAAUAAAGUUGUGGAUGUCGUGACCUUAUCAAAAGCUUCAUGUAUCUUGAUGAAGUGAUUCAAUCUCGUUUGGCCUUUGUGUUGUAGCUUAUUGUGAUAACUCUAGGAGGCUGUAGCUGGUGAAGAUGUAUGUAAUCUCUGGUUUUCGCCCCAAGAUUUGUCUGUAUAUUUUUAGUUUUAGGUCAUCCUAAUAUUGUUUUACAUAUUUAGCGUGUUUCUUUGGAGAGUUUGCACAAUGGGUAGUUUUAUUAUUGUUUCUCUCUUCAAGUAUUCAGCCAACAUAAGGUGGUCCAAAUGGACAAAAAAGUUUGAUGUUAA